AUGAGCGCUACAGCCUUGUCCAACUACCAGCUCGGCGACCUGCUUGGUCGCGGCGCCAGCGGCAAUGUCUACCGCGCACUCAACUUCCUCAACGGCGAGACAGUCGCCAUCAAGUCGAUCUCCCUCUCGACCCUCCCCGCCAGCUCGCUCCCGGACAUCAUGUCUGAGAUCGAUCUGCUCAAGAACCUCAACCACCCCAACAUUGUCAAGUACAAGGGAUUCGCGCGCGACAAGGAGAGCCUCUUCAUCAUCCUCGAGUACUGCGAGAAUGGCUCGCUGCAGACCAUUCUGAAGAAGUUUGGCAAGUUCCCAGAGUCCCUCGUCGCCGUCUACGUCCGCCAGGUCCUCCAGGGCCUUGUUUACCUCCACGAGCAGGGUGUCAUUCACCGCGAUAUCAAGGGCGCCAACAUUCUCACCAACAAGGACGGCAGCGUCAAGCUCGCAGACUUUGGCGUCUCGUCGAAAGCACCGACCCCGGACUUGGCCGCCGUCUCCGACCCUGACGCUGACAAUGAGGUCGUCGGAUCACCGUACUGGAUGGCACCGGAAGUCAUCGAGCAGAGCGGUGCCAGCACGGCAAGCGAUGUCUGGAGCGUCGGCUGUGUUAUUGUUGAGCUCCUCGAAGGCAAGCCCCCGUAUGGCGACCUUGCACCGAUGCAGGCUCUCUGGCGCAUUGUCCAGGACGAGAGCAUGCGGAUACCGGAAGGCGCUUCACCAUGCUUCCAGAAAGACCCCAACCUGCGAGUGUCGGCAAAGAACCUCUUGCGUCACCCGUGGAUGCAGUCAGCCAAGAAGAACUUGGAGAAUGACACUGUCGACGUCGGAACGCUCAAGAAGGGACCAGCUGCCCGGGAGAAGGUCACCAGUAACGGUACCAAGGCACCUGAUGUCGCACCAGCUGCAAGCAAGGAUGGUCACACUGUCAAGAGCAAGAAGCCCAUUACGGAGUACUCGGCUGCGAUUCAGAAAGUGCAGGAAUGGAACGAGGCGCUGAAUGCCGCGCCCAAGAAUUUCGGCACGGUGCGACGCAUCCCCAACCCGACCAAGAAGCAGCACGAGCCCCCGCUGCCCCCGCCGUCGUCGUCCAAGGCUGCUAACCCGCCGGUGGCCGCGCCCAUCGCAACGGGCGGCCUGUUGCAGAAGAACAAACACGUCAGCGACGUCCUGAAACGCGCAAAGGAGAGCGCCGAGGCUGAGAAGUGGGAUGACGACUUUGCGUUUGACGAAACAUCCUCCAAGAUCAGCAGUUUCAGGAGCGAUCGCAGCGAGAACGCAGCAGAUGACGCAAACGCUAAUCACGCGACCGUGCGGCAGACCAAAGAUCCAAAGGACUCGCAGCGCGAUCCCCACAGCGCCCCGAAGAGCAACAAGGGCUCUGCACGGCUCAAGGGUAUUCCGGAAGACUACUCUGACCUCGCGGGCGACGAGGACAAUCUUGAUCUCGAACUCAAGUUCAGCAAUCUCAAGAAGAUGGGGUCCUUUGAGUCCGAACCGAAGGACAAGGUCAAGUCCAGCAAGGAUACAGGCAAGGAGAAGGAGAAGGAGCGGGAGAGGGCCAAGCCCGAGCCCAAGAGGGAAGAGCCUCUGGCUCCGAAACCUGAGCAGCCAGUCCGACCACCGAAAGCUGCGUCGCGGCCACUGCCUAAGAAGUCUUCGUCGCCCGAGCCGCAGCGCCCCACGACUAGCCCAACACUGUCGCCGCCAGGCUCUCGCCAGAGCUCCCUGCGUGGCAAGGCUGCGGAGGCUGCUAACGUCGAGUUGCAAAAGUAUACCGAGGACGACGACGAUGACUACAACGACAUCUUCGACGGCCCCGUAAUCCAUCCUGAUGGCGUCGCUUUGCAGUCGCUGCAGCUGACGCGGCGUUCGAACCACUCUUGGAGGGAGGUCGAGGAAGAACAGGACCCGUUCGCCGAAUUCGACGACGACUUUGCCACCAACAGCCUCGAGGACAACUUGCUCCAGACGAAGAGGGCGGCACUGCACACGAGCGUCUCGGACAUCAUCGCCCGACUCGAGGCAGGCGGCGCGCCCGUCCGCGAGGCCGCCGACGAGCUCCUCACCCUCUUCGAGACGAGCCCGGACGACAUGGGCCUCGAGCACUACUUUGUCGUCAACCACGGCAUGCUCACCAAGAAGCAUUUACUCGAGACGCGUCUCGAGGCAUCCAAGUUCAUCCAGCAUCUCACACACUCUCCUUUGACUCUGCAAAUGUUCAUCUCAUGUCGUGGCCUCAAAGUGCUCGUCGAGCUGCUCGACGAGGACUACACUGUCAACAAGCAUCUCAUUCUUUCGUCGCUUGAGGGUAUUGGCUCUGUCUUCGAUCUCCAGCCCGACUUCUGCCGCAUGUUCACCCGCGAGGGUAUCCUGGACCCGCUGUCGACGGCGUUACUCGCGCUCAUCAAGGACGCAGAGGUCGGCGAGGAGACGACCAAGCGCGCCGUCGACGUGCUCCUGCUGUUCUGCCAGGUUGGACAGGCGGACGUGCACGUGCGCGCGGCGUUUGCGCACCGCACGAUCAUGAUGCGCCUGCUCAAGUCGCUGCCGCUGCUCCCGCGCAAGCAGCUCGUCACCGCGAUCAAGGCGAUCAAGCAUCUUGCGACAUCGCCUCAGCUGAUCGAGGUGCUCCAGAACUCGAACGCAAUGGAGGUGCUCGUCGAGCUGCUGGGCGAGACGCUGAAAGGGUCGUUCUCGAACGAGAUCUGCUCCCAUAUCUUCCAGACGAUCUACUCGAUGUGCCGCCUCUCCAAGUCAAGGCUGGAGGAGGCGUCCGCCGCGGGCCUCAUCCCGAUUUUGAAGCGGACGAUCGACGACAGCUCGCCGCUGAAGCAGUUUGCGCUGCCCGUGCUUUGCGACAUGGCGAAUGCGGGCAAGGUCUCGCGCCGCCUGCUCUGGCAGAAUCAGGGCAUGCAGAUGUACCUGACGUUACUGGACGACCCGUACUGGCGCGUGUCGGCGCUCGAGUCGAUCUUAGCGUGGAUGCAGGACGAGCCCGCGCGCGUGGAGGAGGUCCUGCUCGGCGCGGCCGAGACCGAGUCGUUCAUCAAGUGCUUCUGCCUCGCGCACGGCGCGUCCUUCGCGCGCAUCCUGGAGCCGCUGUUGAAGCUCCUCCGUCUGUCGCAGCACUUCACCGCCGCGCUCGGCAAACCCCGGUUCUUCAAGAAACUCUCAGAGGCUCUGUCGAGGGACUACGAGGCCGUCGUCAAGUCCAACCUGCUCCGCAUGCUGCGUGCCGUCAUCGAGCAGCGGCGCGACCGCGUCACGCUUGUCCGAGAGUUCAGUCUCGAUGCGAUCGUCGAGAAGCUCGCCGAGGAGCACAACCCCGUUGUCGUGCGCGACCUCGCGCGCCAAAUCUAUCCCAUCGUCACGGGCCAAGCGGCUGCUGAGCCCAGGGAGACCCGCGAACGGGAUCCCCGCGACUCACUCCCCCGCCGCGCCGGUCUCGAGCCGGCACCACGCGGGCCUCUCCGAGCGCUUCGGUAG